AUGGCUGAAUACAAAUUCUUGAAGAAGGCUAUAAUGGUCUUCUUCUUCUCUGUAACAACUCCAUUUGGAAUUGCACUUGGGUUGGCUUUGUCGAGCACAUACAAAGAGAAUAGCCCUAGAUCUUUGAUCACUGUUGGACUUCUUAAUGCAUCUUCGGCUGGCCUUUUGAUUUACAUGGCUUUGGUAGACCUUCUCGCAGCAGAUUUCAUGGGUCCAAAGUUGCAAGGUAGCAUUAAGCUCCAGAUUAAAUCCUACAUGGUAGUUCUUUUAGGUGCUGGUGGCAUGUCUCUGAUGGCAAAAUGGGCUUGA